GCCAUUUGAAUCUGCCAUGGGGUCGCCAUGUUGCUGCACCAUCAUGGACAAUUCCACCAUUGCACGAGAGGAAAUGGAGGGGAGAAGGCGGCUCCAUCUUCUAGUCGUCCAAUUUUGAACAUUUGAAGACAUUCCUUCUCAUCAAUCUGCAAAAUUUUAUUGGAGUCUGUAAUGCCUCGGCAAGAGCGCAUUCUUUUGGAAUCCCCCAAAAGCAAGGCAAUCCAUGUCUUCAACACGCAUGCAGAUGACGUCAGGCAAGCCUCAGCAAAGCAAGGGUCCCGGGAGGGGCCCUGUGUCUCGCCUCUCUAGAUGGCUGCGGCCGCGCAGGACGACGCCGGUCACGUCCAACUCGCAAGAGUCUUCUGAGGACGAGGCUGGCUCAGAAGAAUGCAAGAAGGUCUCGGAAGAAACAAAAUUUAAGGCGAGUGCAGGGGAAAAUGAUGUCCACCAUAAGCGAAAGAAGGGGGCUGCGAAAGCACAACCAGCAGAGGGACCAGCUGAGCAGAGACGAGAGCAUUCCCCUGCUGAGAGAGUAAGUAGAGUAGAAGAUUCUCAGCGUGGCCAGACAACUGUCUCAGAGAUUCAAGAAGAAGGAUCGGGUGACAGGGACAUUGGUGAGGUCAGCGGCAGUCCCCCUUCGCUUUUGUUCAAAGGGAUGUCCCUGCCUGCUGGGUUUGGUCAGCGGCAGACCCAGGCCUGCGUUAGCACUAACCUAUACAGUUCGGGGGGCCUCCUGCAAACCAGAGCUAGCCGCGAGCUGUCAUUGCCAUCGCCCGGGGGUGCAAAUGACACAGCCUGGCUUGUUGCCAUUCUCCUCUGCACAGCCUUGCUCUGUCUCACGUUCGGGGGGGUGGUGGCAGUCUGCACCACAGCCCUCGUGGGCGUGCUUACCACCCCCCUCUUGGCUCCAUCAGUUUUCCGGAAGAAGCAGCGGAAGCCACCCCCCCUUGCGAUACAAGACCCCUCGAGUAAGAGCCCUGAAAUUCACCCCACCCCCCUCCAAAACAAGCCCCCACAGAGACCCCCUGCUUCUGAGCCCAUACCCUCAUUCCGCCCCCGGGGGACAACUCCCCUGGGCAGACGGACCCCCCGCCCAAGUUUUACGGCCUCUCGACAACCUACAAAAAGCACGGAGCCCCCUGUUUUUGACCUUGGUGAGCCGGCAGCGGUCAAAAACCGGAGUUCCAUGGGAUCGGUGGCGCGGUUUGGCACCACUUCAGUCCCUGCCUCGGGGCAAAAUACUCCUCAAGCCACCACUCCAUCCCCGCCGCCCCUCUCUCACCGGUCGCCAAACCCCCUCUCUAACCGGUCCCCUAACCCCCCCUCUAACUGCUCGGUCAUUUCCGAGCGAGAUUUUGUGGAUCUGGCGCCCGGAGUUGCUCCCAAGUGGCCGGCAGCGGCGGCCCUUGAGGAUGACGUAAGCAGUGCAGGGGAUCUGGAUGGUGAUGCGGCCGUCCGAAUAGCGGGCGUUUUGGUUGGGGUUCUUGCGUCCUUGUUGUGGAGUUGGACCGGUGCGAUGUUGGGGUCGGUGGUCGUAAUGUUGUUCUCAGUUGCACAUACUAGGAGUGUUGAGCACGGGGCUGAGCAAAUCAUCUCGGAACCGGCGGGUUUACUUGGCCCUGCAAGGGCUCAAAGUGCGCCAGCUGCCGAGUUGGGGCGGUUGAGUAGGUCCGUGCAACUUACGCCGCGAGGCAUUGACUGA